ACUUAUGCUCUUUCGAGGUCAGACAGACAAAGCCUGAGCAUUUUAAUUCUAAACAACAGGGAGAUAAAAUAACCCGGACGACUGCUUCUCGUCGAUAACACAUCCUUCUUGUCUAUUAUUGUUAUACUUCUUCUACUUGACCUCUCUAACCUGUUUUAGGACACAGCUGCCUCAGUCUGCUCUAUCUACCUCUUUCCCACCGCUGGGAUCCCGCCCACUCCUCCACCUCCCUCCACCUGGGUCUCAGAGCACCGCGGACCGGAGCUGCAGGCGAAGAAGCGCGAUCACCACGGUUAUAUUCCUUGUUCCAAAGGCAACCGGCGGGCGCGCGACACAAAUGACCGUGACAGCAGGGCAAGGCAUCUCCUCUUUUAACCUAGGCAGUACUACACCUAAAAGCAAAACGAAUCCCAAUAGUGAUCUUUGAAGAAAACAAGGUUUCAAACGAAGGAAAGCAGAACCGACGUGGUUGCCUAUUUUUGCGCUUCCUUCAAAACGUUGCUCUCUCUGUAGCUGCGCGCGGCUCGAACAGCCGUUCAGUUCAGUUCCAUCCAGAAUCUUCUCAGCUGAAUGAAGAAUCAUUGCAACCCUACGGUGCUGCUUGUAUGUUCUGGAGUUCCGACGGACCGUUUUGACUUCUUGGAGUCGUAUUCGUACUGACUGGACUGAAUAAUAUUCGUCAUCUAACAUCGUUGGGAGAAGAUUUGAGUCUAAGACUGGAAAUAAUUUAGCACUGAACACCGUAACGCAUGGUGGGAAUUUCUGCCUCUUUUCAGUAUCGUACUGAGAAGCGAAGCACCAUGCCCGACUCACCUGCGGAUGUGAAAACACAAUCCAGGUUGACCCCGCCCACUAUGCCUCCUCCUCCAACCACGCAGGGAGCCCCCAGAACCGCCUCCUUCACGCCCACCACAUUAACCAAUGGCAACAACAGCCACUCCCCCACGGCAUUGAACGGGGCACCAUCACCACCCAACGGCUUCAGCAACGGGCCUCCUAGCUCCUCCUCCUCUUCCUCGCUGGCCAAUCAGCAGCUUCCGCCAGCGUGUGGUGCCCGGCAGCUAAGCAAACUGAAGCGAUUCCUGACAACGCUACAGCAGUUUGGCAACGACAUCUCUCCGGAUAUCGGAGAACGGGUCCGCACGCUGGUCCUGGGGCUUGUGAAUUCCACGCUAACCAUAGAAGAAUUCCACUCUAAGCUGCAAGAAGCAACCAACUUCCCUCUGCGACCUUUUGUCAUCCCAUUCCUGAAGGCCAACCUGCCGUUACUACAACGGGAGCUGCUUCACUGCGCCCGGCUUGCCAAGCAGAACCCCGCCCAGUACCUGGCCCAGCACGAACAGCUACUCCUCGACACCUCCUCCACCACCUCCCCAGUCGACUCCUCAGAGCUCCUUUUGGACCUCAACGACAACGGCAAGAGGAGAACCCCAGACCGAACCAAAGAGAACGGCUUUGACCGGGAUGGGCCCCUGCACCUGGAACACCCCAGUAAGCGAGCGUGCACGAUCAGCCCAACGGGCCCGCGGUUCAGCCCUUCCAACGGCCUGUCGUACCAGCCGAACGGCCUGGCCCACGGAGGGCACCCCACGCCGACCCCGCCUCCCCCCGCGCAGCACUACCGUCUGGACGACAUGGCCCUGGCGCACCACUACCGGGACUCGCCCCACUACAGGCACUCCAACCACAGCCACCGCGACGCCAGACCCCGACAACUAGGUAUGCACGGGGCUCGUCAAGAAGAGGUGAUUGACCACCGGCUGACAGACAGAGAAUGGGCGGAAGAAUGGAAGCACCUUGACCAUGUAAGAAAACGCCUUGCCCCUCCUCAGCUGCUGAACUGCAUCAUGGACAUGGUGGAGAAGACACGACGCUCCCUCACAGUGCUGCGCCGCUGCCAGGAGGCCGACAGGGAGGAGCUCAACUACUGGAUCAGGCGAUAUAGCGACGCAGAGGACCUGAAGAAAGGAGCGAGCAGCACUCAGAUCAGGCAACAGAGUCCCGCUGCACAAGACAACACUCCAGAGAUUCACCGGGAACAUCUCCAUCGACCUGGGACGACUGGAUACGUACCAGAGGAGAUCUGGAAAAAGGCUGAAGAGGCCGUGAAUGAGGUGAAGCGCCAGGCGAUGUCAGAGCUCCAGAAGGCUGUGUCAGAGGCGGAGAGGAAAGCCCAUGAGAUGAUCAGCACGGAGCGCUCCAAGAUGGAGCGCACGGUGGCGGAGGCCAAGAGACAGGCAGCGGAGGAGGUGCUGACAGUCAUCAACCAACAGGAGGACUCCAGCGAGAGCUGUUGGAACUGCGGGCGUAAGGCGAGUGAGACGUGCAGUGGCUGCAACACGGCGCGCUACUGCGGCUCUUUCUGCCAGCACAAGGACUGGGAGAAACACCACCACGUGUGUGGCCAGACCUUCCAGGCCUCCCAGGCCAGCCAGCCGCAGGGGCAGCUGGGUAAGGUCCCGGAGGUCCCCGCUCCCGUCAGCUCCUCCACCACACCCAGCAGUGGGGUGGCAAGCCCUGCGGGGACCCCCCCUGACUCCGCCACGCCACGCUCCGCGACCCCGGGGACCCCCUCCGCAUUGGAAACAACGUCACGCUAAACACAGAGCCCCCCGGCAACACCCCCCGGCAACACCCCCCCUCCCCCCAACCCCAGCACGGCUGUCUUGCUCGCCUGUCUCGCGUCACUCAAAGAUGCUAAAAGCUAAUGCGCUAGCGCCACAAAGGGAGAUGAAGACGUAUCCAGGAGUAGUGGAGGUUCCACGUCACACAUGAGGUUCAUAAUGUUUAUCGGGUCAUAUUGACUUAGAAUCAAGAACACAAAGAUAUUCUUUGUUUGAAUUCUUAUUGUUGUUGUCAUCAAUGAUCUUAUUGUUACUAUUGUGUUCGUCAUUGUCGUCCACAUUUGUUGUCGCUGUUGUUGUUGUUGUUGUUGUGUAUCGUUGUUGUCGUUUCUCUUAUGUUGUUUCCUGUAAAUAUGAACUCCAGACAAAUACAUCUGACCUCCCCUUUAUGACCUCCAGACAUGUGCAUCUGACCUCCCCUUUUUUCUUUUUUUUCUAAAGGCUUUGUUCCUAGGAAACAAUAUAAUAUGAUAUGAAACUAGUUGACCUCAUGAAGACACUUUACCAAACAACAUACCAAUGGAACAUUACUAAAGUGAAAUAUGGUUGAAAAAGCAAAGACACCACUAAUCUUUUUAUGUAAUGACUACAAAUACAAAUGCAGACUUAAAGGGGAGUGUAUGAGUAGAGUAUUGUAUCUCUCUGUAACCAUCUCAGAAGGAGAGCAAAUUUCAGAUGAUCAGAUGUGUUGACAGAUUAAUGUACAUCAGAUCUUAAAGGACCCUUGGCUUUUGCUGAUGAUAAUAUCCAGGUCAGUGAACCGACAAACACAAACAUGUCUCACUUACUGAGGAAGGAUAAUGGGAAGGACCUAGAGAGAACAUAAACAAAGAACAUGGAUGGCUGGUUACAUCACUUUACCGGGCCUGGCUGCAGCACAUGAAGAGGAUGUCCUCUGUCUUAAAGCAUUUUACACCACACUUCCUGUCUCACUGAUCCAAACCAGGACAUGAACAGGAAGUGAUCGUUCUGCACCGGUAAGAGACUGUCAGCUCCUCACUAUGGCAACCACCGGUAAACAAAGGGCUGAAAGGAAAAACCUAUGACGCUCCCUCCCUCUCUGUCCUGCCCAGUUUGAUCCAGCCACCUCCUACAUGUAUCCUCCUCUUUUAUUCAUCUUUGGUCGAUCUCUUGAUGUUCAACACUUCUGUACCUUCCCCAGUGGAUAUUUAUUGUCUGUGUUGGAUACUGGCGAAGACACGUUUUACUUCAUGAAGUGACAUUUUCACCAGUGACUCUUUGGCAAAAGGAGAAACGUCAUGUUUCGGGGUGGAUCUGCUUCCCCAUGUGUAUGUAUCAGUGGUUCUUACCCCCUUGUACAAUUAAGAAGGACGAUGCAUUCAUUUUGUUUUUAUCCUCGAAGACACACCCAAGCUAUCAUCUCAGAGCUGCUACUCUAGUAACUAUAUGGCUCUUUCAUGACUCUUCUGAGAGCUAGCAUGUUUCGCGGAAUGCUAACCUAAAUGUUUUGUACCAGCAACGUACAUCCAUGUAUUUGCACUGUCACAAAGGUUAUUUCGGCAUGCUUCUUUUGGCAAACAUUUUCAUUUUUUCCAGUGUAGAUGCAUAAUUUACAGUUUUUGUAUGUAUGUAUGUAGUACUAGAGUAUCUAUGUCUUUCCUGUGUAGGUUAAAUGUGUUGCUAAAACACCAACAUCUGAAACUGUUUAAUUGAUGAGCAGAAACAACACCACAGUCAUAAAACACCAUUUUUGUUUAACUACUUACAUCCAGGCAGUGCAUGAACAUUAUUGGACGUCGGUUAGGUAUUUGUUGUGGUUUUGUUUAUUUUUCCAAAAAAAAGAGAAAAAUAGAAAAGGCGGGGGGGGGGGGGGUUUACAAAAAAAUCACUAAACAACUAACUUUCCAAAUGCAGAGUUGUAGAAUAAAAUCAGCUUUAACACAGAUUGUCCAGCACCAGGUAUAUCACCAUCAUUCAAGAGAAUUACAUCAAAACACAUAAGACAGCCAAAGACAUAUACACAAUGUCCACAUCCAAUAGAGAGCCCUAUUACUGCUUAGUGUACAACAGGCCAAAAGUGGUUCAAUAAAGAAAAUAGGUUACCAUUUCAGACCAAGCUGGACCAAACCCUGACUCCUGAAGGUUUCUAAAAAGAGGUUCAACUUGAAUGUCGCCUGUAUCGUUCUGUUAAUAUGGUGUUUUUUGGGCCAAACCAGUUCCAGUCAUGUUCUCAUUUUCAAUGAUGUUCCAUCCACUACUGGGAGACUAGGCUGGCUUAGCGCUGAUAUGGAGAUGGUCACAAUGCGCUGGUUUGGAGAUGGUCACAAUGUAGGAUAGGUGACUUUCUUAACUGGAAAUCCAACUUUUUUUUUGUUUUGGAUUACACAGACUGAUUAUGUUUGGAUUCCAGGCUGCAAAAUAGGAGCAAUAAUCACUUAUAUUGCACAUAAUUGCUAAAUCUGUGGGGGAACAACACUGUAAGGUUUCCCAUCUGUAAGUGAAAUCAGAUUGUUUCUAUUAGUCACAGAUGUCAUUAUAGUUUGCGUUCCCUGCCUUUGGGGCAUUGUUAUAAGAAGUGCACUCCUGUCUAGGUGUUAGGGUACCGUUUAGGAUGCUUACUUCACCUCACAACCACUUUAAUCAGUUCCGGGUCAUGACCCACAAAUGGGAAGCAUGUCACUUUGCGGCUAGACCAUACCACUGCUGGAUGGCUUUGUUGCAUCAGUUCAUCUCAUGUUCAAGUCAUUUGCAAUGGUUUUAACCGUGUCUAAAUUUCCUCAAACCAUACAGCAACUGAAAUUCCAGACCAUUUACGACUGAUUGAAGAGCACUUACCACUUACCAGAUCCGCAAAAGGCAAAAUACUCUUCUACCCACAAUACCCUGGUGCUAAUAGAAACACAUUUGACUUUUGACCUCUAUGAAGGGGGAGGAGUUGUUACGUUGUUUCCACGGUGUUCAGCAGGAAGUUGCUGUUGUUGUUGUUCUCCCUUAUUUCUUAAUCAACCUGGCUGAGAUUCAAUCUUAGCACAUUUGGUCAGCAAUGUACAUUUUAGAGGAAAUGUCUCAAGCAUUCGCAUAGGCCAUGAGGUCAUAAACACUGCGUGUAAGUCUUAUUGGAAAUUACAGCGUCCAAAUACGCGAUAGGAAUGAAUCUGAGCACUCCUCUUGUGUUGCAACCUGGUCUCAUUCUGGACUCUAAAGGGUUUAAAUAAAUGAUCCAAAAAGGUGUCUGACACCCAUCUCCUCAUGUCUCCUCAGAAAGCUGUGAAAAAGCAGCUGAGCUGUUUGAACACUUGUGUAUGAUUCAUGUAUUUAAAAAUGUAUAAACCACACAUUGGUGUUUUCAUUGUUAUCAGGGUUGAAACCUAGAUAAGACAAAAUAAAAAAAAAUAAUAAGAAAAAUGUUACAGCUUAAAAUAAUUUCAUGCAAAGCGCUACUAUAUCCACUUGAUCUCUUCAAUCUUCUCUCCUCCCAGAUUUCUAUGUCUGUUUUGCUAUAACCUCCUCGUGGCAGAUUCUACCUCUGACAGCAGAAACAAGCACCAGUCGCCGGGCCGACACUGGGGUAGCCACCAGUAGCCAGGCUGACACUGGGCUAGUCACCAGUCGCCGGGCCGACACUGGGCUAGUCACCAGUAGCCAGGCUGGUCACUGGGCUAGUCACCAGUAGCCGGGCUGACACUGGGCUAGUCACCAGUUGCCGGGCCGACACUGGGUUAGUCACCAGUAGCCAGGCUGACACUGGGCUAGUCACCAGUAGCCAGGCCGACACUGGGCUAGUCAAACCAAAUGGGCACAAUAUAACAAAACAGGAAUAUACCCAAAGUUGAAGCUCAUACAGCUGCAAAACCAUAUCAAUACUUGGUAACAAUGCAGACCUCAUAAAUAAAUAAAAAACGUAAACGAUUGAGAUAAAGAAAAACGUGUGUUACGUUCCUUUUUUGCUUGUCACGUUUGUAUUAGCAUUGAGAGUUUACUUUGUUAAACGAUAACGGAUCAGAUUUAAAUUGUUGUUGCUGGUUUUUAAAAGGUUGUUAUUUUGACUGUUGUAUGAUCGGUCAAGCAGUGGUCGGUUGAUGAGAAACCUCAUGCCUCCUCCUCCCAUCUCUGUUUGUCACAUGCUAGAACGCUUGUCAGUGUUGUUCAGGCUGAACUCUUGGGGUUUCAAUUACAAAAACAAAUUGAACAACACUCGAAAAAUGAACAGCUUGUGAAUUUUACCCUUUCCUGUUUUUGACACUGUUGUAUCAGGAGGGAAAAUGUCAAAGGUCCUUUUUAUUUUCCUCUGUGUAAAAACAUGUUAACAGAUAAAGGGAACUUAUAGAUGACAUGAUUUAAGGAGUGGGGGAUUGGAACGGGGUCUCUGAGACUAUUUUAUUGUGAAGAAAAUAAAAAGUCAAAGUAUUUGAAGUUAUUGUGCAAUACUUAAUAAAGACGAGGGCACUA